AUGUCCUCUACCACCCACCACCGCAUCGCCGCAGUUGUAGCCGUCAUCUCCGUAUUCUCCUCUAUCGGCGGCGCGAUAGGCUCUACCAUCGCCAGCGCCAUCUGGCAAUCAGUCUUCCCGGCAAAGCUCGCCGAGUACCUCCCCCUCGAGGACAGGGAUAAUCUGCUAUCCAUUUAUGCUAUGCUCGAUGUCCGGCUCGGUUACCCGGUUGGAACACCCGCGCGCGUCGCCAUUCAGCGUACAUACGCUGAUGCACAGGCAAUGAUGCUGGCUGCUGGGACGGCCAUCUGGGCUCUGGGCUUUCUUGCUGCUGCUAUGUGGCGCGAUACGGACGUUCGGGGCUUGAAGCAGGUCCAAGGUCGGGUUAUUUAA